UCAUUUAUUGCGGUUCGCGUCGCCGAAGGCGCCAUGGGCGCAAGCAUUUCUACCCAAAAGAUCUCUGAAGAAGAUCGGUUGAAACGGCAAAACUUACAGAAUGAACUUGGCAAGAUGCAACACAGUUUGCGAGUGACGGCAGCUGCUCAUUACUUAUCUUCAGAGCACUAUAAAAGCCUGGAUACAAAGCUUCAGUUCGCGUCAGUGAUCUUGGGAAGUUUUGGGACCGCGGCAAGCGUGGCGUCUAAAUUGGCCUGGAAAAUGAUGGUUUCAAACAGUCCUCGUCUCGCACCGAUCGUAGUUGCGACUUCCACAACUUCAGUACUCUUCACAGCUGUUGUGAAUGUACCAAAUGUUCAAAAUGCGCCGGCUAAUUUGUACAAGGCUCACUUUAAGUCCGGUAUUCAAUGCCAGUACCUCGAGAAGCGAGCGAAGUUUGUGUCGGAAAUGGAAGUGUGGGAUACAAAGAUUUCUUGGCAAACCCUUGCCAGCAAAUACGAUGCUUUGCUCAAGGAGAAGACAGAAGUGAACAGCCAAAUGCAAUCGGAGUACUGGGCUUACCGCAAGGCGUUAAAAAAAAACGAGGAAAAACAACUGGAAAAAAAGAGAAAAGAGGCUUUUUACCAGCAA